AUGAGGACUUACGACGAUAGUUUCUCCGGCCAGCGGAUCUACCCCGGCAAGGGUAAGCUGUACGUCCGUGGCGACAGCAAGAUCUUCCGCUUCCAGAACGGCAAGUCCGAGUCGCUCUUCCUCCAGCGCAAGAACCCCCGCCGUAUUGCCUGGACCGUCCUCUACCGGAGGCAACACCGCAAGGGUAUCUCUGAGGAAGUCGCCAAGAAGCGGACGCGCCGCACCGUCAAGUCGCAGCGUGCCAUUGUUGGUGCUUCGCUCGAUGUGAUCAAGGAGCGCCGCUCGAUCCGCCCCGAGGCCCGCAGCGCCGCCCGUCUGGCCGCCAUCAAGGAGAGCAAGGAGAAGAAGGCGGCCGAGCAAGCCGCCAAGAAGGCUGAGAAGGCCAAGAACGCCGCGGCCGCUUCCAAGGGCCAGUCCAAGGGCCGCAUUGCCAGCAAGCAAGGAUCGAAGGGUGCGCAAGUCAAGGUCGCUGCCAACACCCGUUAA